CUUCCAAUGCGACAGUAAUCCAAUGCCCGCUUGACUGAGGAGAAGUGGAGAUUGCGAUACAAAGUGGGAUCGGCGAAUGUGAUGAUUGAAUUGUGGUUCUUCUUGUUGGCAGGCUGGAGAUUUAUCGGGAACCACAAACCUUCUCCUCCAACUCCCCGUGGGGUCAGUCCAAGCUUCGCGAUGUUAAACCAGACAUUCCCACUCUGAAUUCCAGAGUUUCAUUCAUUCGCAUCAUGACACUCUUAUCAAGGCUGUAUUUAUUGGCAAGUCUUGCAUGCACGAUAGGUGGCAGUGAUGCCGUCCAUCAACCAUCAUGCACCAAUACAUCUCAAUCGUUGUCUUUGAGCGAUCCGCCUUACGAGAACUACUUCUACUCGGACUGCAACGUGGCCGCCCAAGCGGUCGUCACCAGCCCGCUGCCAGAUAGCAACCUUUCAAUAAUCGGUCCUCGAUUGAUUGUCGCCUGGCCCGCUGGCAACAGUGGCGCUUGUGCAUACUUCUCGCCGCAGAAUGGUGUCAAUGGAACUCUCGGUAUUGAGCUGGUCAAUUCUACCGCCGGAAACCCACUAGGACCAACCUACAGCGCGUCAGAAAACGGGAAUGGGCCGCCCAAUGUCGGAGUGCAUGCCCUCAUGCGCUUGAAUUCCUCUGCAACUCUCACCCUCUCGAUCUUGGGAAGUAUCCGCACGAUCCGCGAUUUUGUCGAAGGCGACGGUACCCUCUACCCCCAGAUACAGGAUGCUAUCACGUACACCUCCAACGAAGAUGGAAGUGCCAUGCUUCGGCGGCUGUGGCUCGACAAUGUCACCUCUACCAGCCUUCACUUCACCCCAAAUUCCUCGGGAAGCACGGUGGUGGUUUCAGACCAGACCGUGAAUUUCACCGCAGGCGACUACAUCGUCUCAGCCGAGAUGAACUAUCCGCAAUUGACACAGCUGCCCCCUGACGAUGUUCUGAACUCAGAUUCGGCGGGCCUUAUUGCUGAAAUGUCCGACCAGACUGCUACGCUCUCAUUCCUGUCAUACUCAGAGAAACUCCUUGCCGGUGCUUGGCGAUUUCUCACGUAUUUUGGGCGGGACUCGAUGAUAUCGGCGCUGCUGAUGGAGCCUGUACUGAGCUCUACCGCCAUGGAGGCCGUCAUCGGCGCUGUUCUGGAACGAGUUAACAGGACUGAUGGUAGUGUUUGCCACGAGGAGUCUAUUGGUGACUACGCGACUUGGCUGAAUAUGGAGGACAACAUAACUAGCAACGCUAUGGUUUGUGAUUACAAUAUGGUCGACUCGGACUACUUCCUCCCCAUCUUGAUGGAGCGAUAUCUUCUGCACAAUCCCGCUGGACAACAUCAAACUGCCGCAUUCCUCAACACCUCUGCCGGCUCUAUCAACGCCGCAAAUAAGGGCUUGACCUGGGGCGAACUGGCCCUGACAAAUGCAGAGAGGAUCAUGCGUCUGGCUGGUCCGUUCCAUCAUAACCAGACCAAGGAUAAUUUGAUUCAUCUCAAAGAGGGACAGGUUGUCGGAGAAUGGAGAGAUAGCACAUACGGCCUCGGGGGAGGACGUAUUCCUUACGACGUGAACACGGCUCUUGUACCUGCUGCUUUACGGUCCAUUGCAGCCCUGUCUAGACAAGGUCUUUUCCCCAAACACCAGAAUUGGGCCAAGCAGGCAAAUACAUACGCGCAAACAUGGGAAGACAAGACCCUAUCUUUCUUCGAGGUGACGAUUCCCCAGGAUCAAGCAAAAUCCAUGGUAGCAUCAUACAAGAAUGCCUCCUCGUUCGCCGGCCCAGACCAGGCCAAUACAAUCGACGCCGACGUUGUCUUCCACGCCCUUUCUCUCGACGCCCACGACAAUCUCACCAAGGUCGAAGUCAUGAACACUGACGACUGCUUCCGCCACUUUCUUCUCAACACCACCAACGACGCCCAACUAACCCCUUUCCUCAACAACUCCGCCACAAACAUCCGCCGCACUUUCCCGGCUGGCCUCAUGACCUCUGCCGGCAUGGUCGUCGCGAACCCGGCCUUUGGCGAUAACCCCGUGUACGCGCAGAACUUCACAACAGGCGCCUACCACGGAACCGUAGUCUGGGGGUGGCAGCUCGCCAUGAUGGCCAAGGGUCUAGAAAAGCAGCUAGGACGAUGCGAAGGUGUCUCUAAGUCAACAGCUCCAGCUCCCGCGUUCUGUGGCAAUGCCUCGGUGUAUGGUAAUGUCAAGACGGCGUACAACACGCUUUGGGAUACGAUUGAGAAAAACACCGCGCAGCUUUCACAGGAGGUCUGGUCUUGGGUUUACAGGGAGGGGGAAUUCCAUGCUACGCCUUUGGGUGUGAUACCGCCUCCUCCGGGUGUUGGGAGUCAAACUGAAUCCAAUAUUAGGCAGCUGUGGUCUCUAUCCUUCCUGGCCGUGAACAGGGACAAGGCUUAUAAAUGAGUGGACAUGAUACUGUUAAACUUCUUUUUACCAGGAGCAGCAACAUCAGACAGACCAUAUAGCGACCAUCCAUAUCUUGCAUAACCUUUGGAGGAGGAGUUGUUCACAACGAUUGAUAUUGUGGUAUCUAAGUCUGUUUGGAAUCUAGACUAUUCGCAAAAG